GUGCUUGGUCUUGGUUACAGAGCCUCCUCCAACGGGAGUGCUGCUUCUAAGCCGUUGUUCUCCAUUGCUCUUCUGUUGUGUUGCAGAGGACUCCACAGAUGUUGGCGAGGAGGAUAGUUUCCUUGGUCAGACUUCUGUGCACACCUCCACCCCACAGACAUUCAGUUACUUCUCUCAGGGAUCAAGCAGUAGUGACCCUUUUGGGAACAUUGGACAGUCGCCCUCGACAGCUCCCUCAAUGUCGGCCGGACAGUCAGCAUUUUCCAAGCCCCCAGCCACACUCCCUUUUACAACAGGAUCCCAAGAUGUGUUGACUGCAUUUCCACCGUCUGUUUCCAAGGCUCAUCAUGGUGCUGCACCUUCCUCACAGAUGGGAAUGAAUACCUAUUUGCCUUCUCAGCCGAGUAGUCUCCCUCCAAAUUUUGGGAGCCCUCCCCAAGGGAUUCCUCAACAAGGACAUAACCCAUAUCGCCACACUCCUGUCAGCAGCAGGGCGAACCCCUAUAUUACACCCCCACAGCUGCAGCAAUGCCAGACGCCAGGCCAUCCCUCCUACCCUCUGCCUUCUGGACCCCCUGUGCAGACGUACCAAAUGCCGCCAGGACCCAUGCCACCGCUCCCUCCAUCAAUGCAGUCACCAGCACAGCAGCAGGUACCUGCCAGACCAGCAGGACCCCAUGUCCAGGGACCAGCUCCUUUUGUACUUCAGAACCAGUAUGAACCUGUUCAGCCUCACUGGUUUUACUGCAAGGAGGUGGAAUAUAAACAACUGUGGAUGCCUUUUAGUGUGCUUGACUCUUUGAAUCUUGAAGAGAUCUAUAAUUCAGUGCAGCCAGAUCCUGAAAGUGUGGUUCUAGGCACGGAUGGAGGGCGCUAUGAUGUUUACCUCUAUGACCGCAUGAGGAAGUCUGUGUAUUGGGAAGAGGAGCCGGCUGAAGUGAGACGCUGUACUUGGUUUUACAAAGGGGACACAGAUAGUAGAUUCAUUCCCUAUACAGAGGAGUUCAGUGAAAAACUGGAGGUAUGA